GAAGAGGGGAGGGCAGAAUGCUGGGUCCCUUGGGUAGAGAGCUACAGCAUGGCCCAACCCACAGGUGAGCUCACCUGCCCAUCCAGCUGAGGGCGUGGCAUGGGGCCAGGCUGGGCAGAGGUGGGCAGGAGGAGGGAGAAGAGCAGAGACCUCGGGCUGGGCCAGGCCAAGGCUGCUGUUCCUGAACUGGUCAGCCGGACUCGUUUGGUGCUCCCAGGGCCCGGCCGGGUCUGGGCAGAGCAGGAGCAAGACCAUGGUGGGAAAGAUGCGGCCCACACUGUUGACACUCUGUGCCGUCUGGGUGACCGUCAAUGCCAUCUCUGUGGAAACCCCGCAGGAAGUUCUUCGGGCUGCCAGGGGAAAGAGUGCCACCCUUCCGUGCACCUACCACACUUCUGUCCCUGACAGAGACGGAUUUAUUCAGUGGGACAAGCUUCUAAGGACUCAUUCGGAAAGAGUGGUCAUCUGGACAUUUAAGACCCAAAGCUAUAUCUACGGCGAGCUUUAUGAGAAUCGCGUCAACGUAUCAAGCAAUGUUGGGCAGUCGGACGCCUCCAUCACCAUCGACCAGCUGACCAUGGAUGACAACGGCACCUACGAGUGCUCCGUCUCGCUGCUGUCAGACAUGGUGGGCACCUCCAAGUCACGCGUCCGCCUGCUGGUCCUUGUGCCACCCUCCAAGCCGGACUGCAGCAUUGAGGGAGAGACAGUGAUUGGGAACAACAUCCAGCUGACCUGCCAGUCAGCAGAGGGCUCCCCGGCCCCGCAGUACAGCUGGAAGAGCUACAACACCCAGAACCAGGAGCGGCCACUGGUCCCGCCAGUCUCCGGCCAGACCGUCUUUCUGAAGAACAUCUCCACAGACAUGUCGGGCUACUACAUCUGCACCUCCAGCAACGAAGUGGGGACGGACUUCUGCAACAUCACCGUGGCUGUCAGACCCCCCUCCAUGAACGUGGCCCUGUAUGCGGGCAUUGCUGGGGGCGUGGUGGCAGCCCUCCUCAUCAUCGGCAUCAUCAUUUACUGCUGCUGCUUCCGGGAAAAGGAUGACAAGGAGGUGGACCGGGAGGACACGAGGCCGAACCGGGCGGCUUACCAGGAGCCAUCAGAGCAACUGAGAGAGCUUCCCAGAGGGAGGGAAGAGGAAGACGACUACAGGCACGAAGACCAGAGGAGCUCAGGGCGUGAAUCCCCUGAUCGUGCUGGACGGUGACAGGCCGCUGCAGCUGGGUGCAGGGAGUGUCGGGGCGCAGCCUCCUGCUUCUUGGCCUCCUUCUCUCCAGGCCCAGCUCUGUCCUCCAGCCCAGGCAGUGGUGGGAGCACUUCUUCCCCAUGCUUGCUUCUGGGGGCCUGGCUGGCCUGGCUGAAGGAAUCCCACCUCUGACCAACCCGCCAACCCACUCCCCUGAAAAAUGACCCCUGCCCACGGCCACACCUAGUUCAGGGUCUGCCCCUAGACCUGGACCAGGCCACAGCCUCCAGCGGCUGAAGCUGGCGGGAGCUCCCGCAGGCGUGCACUGCAUGUGGGCAGCCCUGCUCAGAACUGCCCGAGGACGCCAUGCCAGCCCUGCAAGGGAGCCCAGCACCCAGAGGAGCACCCCACAGAGGGUUGUGCUUAGUGCGUUUUUGCUGAAAGAGUGAAAGAAUAAAUGAGUACGCGAAGGAC